AUGAUGCAAACCAUGGAGCAAUCAGUCCCCGCCCCCAUACAAUAUGUAUCGCCGCCCACGCCUCCCGCCUCAAAUACCGGCUCGCCAUCCACAUCGUCGCCUGCCCUCGCCGACACAAAGACGGCUCAAAUGACCAUCCCCGCCCACCACCACAUCCUCAUUGUCACCGGCCCUGCAGGCUGCGGCAAGAGCACCAUUGCCAAGCAUCUGUCCGAUCGAUAUGGCUUCGACUACAUUGAGGGUGAUGAGUUCCACCCAAAAGCAAACAUUGACAAGAUGGCCGCCGGCAUUCCCCUCAACGACGAAGAUCGCUGGGAUUGGCUCAUCCUGCUGCGCGACCAGGCCCUCACCGCUCUCAACAACGGCUCGCGUGGCGUCGUCGUCACCUGCAGCGCUCUCAAGAAAAAGUACCGCGACGUCAUCCGCACCGCCAGGCUCUACGACCAAGACCCAAAUGCCAACGUCCACUUUGUCUACCUCCGCUCCGACAUGGAGACGCUGCUCUCGCGCGUCCGUGCCAGGCAAGGCCACUACAUGAAGGACGCCAUGGUCGCCAGUCAGUUUGCUGCCCUCGAGGAGCCCGACGAGACGGAAUGCAAGCAACUCAAGGACGUUGAGAUUAUCGACGUCAAGGGAGGCAUCCAGGACGUCCAGCAACUAGCCAGUGCUGCUGUCGACAGAAUUCUGGCACAAUAG